AUGAGCAGCAGAGAGUCACAGCUGCCGCCAGGCGCGGUCAGGGAGAGCGGUGAGAGGUACGGCGAGAGCUCGAGUGCCGGGAGAGACGCGAGGGCAGACGGGAACGCAGGGAGAGACGGCAGCGACGGCAGGGAUGGGAGAGAUGGCAGAGACGGUAGCAGGUUCUUGCUGGUGGAUGAGACGCCAUUGUGUACAGCUGAUCGGAUUGAGUCCUCAGAGCAUACAGCAGGGACAGGAGGAGGGACCCCAGCGACGGUAGGAACAGCAGGGCUGGCAGCAGCGGCAGGGGAGGAAGUUUUAGUCAGACUGGCAGAGAGAGUGGGGCUGCUGGAGUCGUCGCCUGGAGCAAGGCGGAGGAUGUCGAGCAGUGGUGCGCUUGAGCACGGUGGUGACAUAGGGAGAGCAGGGGCGGGGGACUGGAGGGACGCGGAGCAAGGAAGGGACGAGGUGGGUGACGUGAGAGCAGCAGCAGUGGCGGCCGUGGCGGUGGCAGCAAGGGUGGUGGUGCCUGUGGUGGUGGUGCCUGUGGUGGUGGUGCCUGUGGUGGUGCCUGUGGUGGUGGUGCCUGUGGUGGUGCCUGUGGUGGUGGUGGUGGUGCCUGUGGUGGUGGUGGUGGUGCCUGUGGUGGUGGUGGUGGUGCCUGUGGUGGUGGCGGUGGCGGUGGCGGUGGCGGUGGCGGUGGCGGUGGCGGUGGCGGUGGCAGUGGCAGAGGCAGCAGCGGCAGUGGUUGUGGAGGAGUGGUGCAGGAAGUCAGGUUCAUCGUCAAAGUGA